AUGUCCAAUCGGAAUGAUUCUAGUUAUAGUUCAAUACCUGUUAACUCAUCAUCGUAUCUAGAACUACAGCCUCCAAAUGAUUCAUCAAUUUCUUUUCAAAGAUUGUCUUUUGAUGAUGGUGGAGGGUUUUUGAGAUCUAAGGUUGUUGAUGAGGAUGAUGAGGAUGAUACUUUUGAAAUUGAUGUUGAUAAUUAUCCUCUUGUUGUUGGGUCUACUCCCAAUCAUGGUUCUGGUGUUCCUGGUGCUGUCUUCAAUUUAACUACUACUAUUAUUGGGGCUGGACUUAUGGCUCUUCCUGCCACCAUGAAAGUUCUUGGAGUUUUUUUAGGGCUUCUGUUGAUUGUUUUAAUGGGGAUUUUGUCCGAAAUUAGUGUCGAAUUGUUGAUUCGUUUUUCUGUUUUGUGUAAAGCCUCUUCUUAUGGUGAGGUUGUUCAGCAUGCUUUGGGAAGACCUGCUAGGAUUUUGUCUGAAAUUUGUAUUAUUUUGAAUAAUGCCGGUGUUUUGGUUGUUUAUUUGAUUAUAAUGGGGGAUGUUAUGUCGGGAUCUGUUCAUCAUUUAGGGGUUUUUGAUCAGUUAAUGGGGAACGGGGUUUGGGAUCAGAGGAAGCUUGUGAUUCUUGUUGUUAUGGUGAUUUUUUUAGCGCCGUUGUGUUCGCUUGAUAAGAUUGAUUCGUUGAGCUUGACUUCAGCCGCGUCGGUUGCUCUUGCUGUUAUGUUUGUUGUUGUUGCAUUCGUUGUUGCUUCCAUUAAGCUUGUUGAAGGAAAGAUUGAUGCUCCUAGGAUGGUUCCUGAUUUAAGUUCGAAAAAGGCUAUUUUGGAUUUGCUUGUGGUGAUUCCUAUCAUGACGAACGCGUAUGUUUGUCAUUUUAAUGUGCAGCCGAUUUACAACGAGCUUGAAGGUAGGUCGCCGCAGAAGAUGAACCGAGUAGGAAGGUUUACCACGAUUUUGUGCAUCCUGGUUUAUUCUGCAACGGCGUUAUCUGGUUAUCUGUUAUUUGGGGAAGAUACUGAGUCUGACGUCCUGACUAAUUUUGAUAAGGAUCUUGGAAUCCGGUUUAGUUCGGCCCUGAACUAUAUUGUUAGAGUCGGCUACAUUCUCCAUUUGAUACUUGUCUUCCCUGUUAUUCAUUUCUCACUACGUCAAACGGUGGAUACAUUGAUUUUCGAGGGGUCACCUCCUUUAACAGAAAGUAAGAAGCGAUCGCUGGGGCUGACUUUGGUUCUGUUGAUCCUCAUAUACAUCGGGUGUACCAUGAUACCAAACAUUUGGACAGCUUUUAAGUUCACUGGCGCAACUACGGCGGUUUCGCUAGGUUUCAUAUUUCCACCUCUUGUUGCAAUAAGAUUAAGCCAUAAAGGAGAUUUGAGUCAUGUAGAAAUGAGUUUGUCGUGGUUAAUGUUGGUAUUGGCUGUGAUUGUUAGCAUCGUAGGAGUCGUCAGUAAUAUAUAUAGCCUCGAGAGUAAGUCUUAG